CUCCUUGACGUCAUGUCUGUGGCGAGGCUCCGGCGGGCGCGGUGACGGCGCGGAGCGCGUUAAACUUUGCGAGCGAGCGGCCAGCCCGGCGGCUGGCAGCGCUGUGCGCGGGGGGCUGCGCGCUGCCGCCGCAGCUGGAACAUCUGGAAGCGUUCAGUGCGGCCGUGGCGGCGGAGAGAGGCGGCAGCGGGGAGCGAGCGCUGAGGGAGGGGAGGGAGUGAGGGGCUGGGACUGGGCUCUCUUCCUCUGCAGAAACAGCUCCCUGCCAGCACAACGCGCUCCGAAUGGCUUUGAAGAGGAGGAGCAGCAGCGUUUGAACAUCUUUUUUUUUUCCUCCUCCUUUUCUUGCUCUUGUAGUUGGUGGAUUUUAAAGAGACGUUUAACCCUCCGUGGUUUGCCCUGGAUGCUUUUGCUUUUUGCCGUUCUUCCUUUUUCUUUUUUUCGCCCUCUCUCUCGCGUUUCCCCCCUUCUCGUUCUUUUUUAUGGUUUAACAGCCAGAGGUGCUGUGCUAAAUUCUUGGAAGGGGCCCGGAUGUACUGAGGAUGCAUUGCAAUUUCACUAAAGGAGGCAGUAGUGGAAAGGAUCAGUUUUUGGUGUUUGAUGCAAUAAUGGGAAUCAGGUAAUAAUCAAAGGGGAAAUUCUGCAGCUCCACUCUUCCUCGAAUUUUACCGAGCCGAUUUGCGGAGGGAUUAAUCUGGACUCGUUUUAAAUGGUCAAUGAAAACAAGAGGAUGUACAUUCCCGAGGAAAACCAUCAAGGUUCCAACUAUGGGAGUCCCCGUCCAGCUCAUGCCAACAUGAAUGCCAAUGCAGCGGCAGGGCUUGCCCCAGAGCAUAUCCCUACACCAGGGGCAGCUCUGUCCUGGCAAGCUGCAAUUGAUGCUGCCAGGCAAGCCAAAUUGAUGGGUAGUGCUGGCAAUGCAACAAUAUCCACAGCUAGCUCCACGCAGAGAAAACGGCAGCAGUACGGGAAACAGAAAAAACAGGGUACCACGACAGCUACACGUCCUCCCCGGGCACUGCUGUGUUUAACACUGAAAAAUCCCAUCCGGAGGGCAUGCAUCAGCAUCGUCGAAUGGAAACCAUUUGAAAUAAUUAUUUUACUGACUAUUUUUGCCAAUUGUGUGGCCUUAGCUAUCUAUAUCCCCUUUCCAGAAGAUGAUUCCAAUGCCACCAAUUCCAAUCUGGAACGAGUGGAAUAUCUCUUUCUCAUAAUUUUUACAGUGGAAGCAUUUUUAAAAGUAAUAGCAUAUGGACUUCUCUUUCACCCCAACGCUUACCUCCGCAAUGGCUGGAAUUUACUAGAUUUUAUAAUUGUGGUAGUAGGGCUUUUUAGUGCAAUUUUAGAACAAGCAACCAAAGCAGAUGGGGGGAAUUCAAUAGGAGGAAAAGGUGCCGGAUUCGAUGUUAAAGCACUGCGGGCUUUCCGAGUAUUACGUCCCUUACGACUGGUGUCUGGAGUUCCUAGUCUCCAGGUGGUUUUAAAUUCAAUUAUCAAGGCCAUGGUCCCUUUGUUGCAUAUUGCCCUGCUGGUGCUGUUUGUCAUCAUUAUCUAUGCCAUCAUUGGACUGGAGUUAUUCAUGGGAAAGAUGCAUAAGACCUGCUACCAUGUGCAAGGGGGGCUGAUAGAUACACCUGCAGAAGAUGACCCGUCUCCCUGUGCCCCCCAGUCCGCACAUGGGCGGCAGUGCCAGAAUGGAACCGAGUGCAAGGCAGGCUGGGAGGGACCCAAGCAUGGCAUUACGAACUUUGAUAAUUUUGCUUUUGCCAUGCUGACAGUGUUUCAGUGCAUCACGAUGGAGGGGUGGACAGAUGUACUCUACUGGAUGCAGGACGCUAUGGGCUAUGAGUUACCAUGGGUGUAUUUUGUCAGUCUGGUCAUCUUUGGAUCCUUUUUCGUUCUAAAUCUGGUACUUGGUGUGUUGAGCGGGGAAUUUUCCAAGGAACGAGAGAAGGCUAAGGCUCGGGGAGAUUUCCAGAAGUUACGGGAAAAGCAACAGCUAGAGGAGGAUUUGAAGGGAUAUUUAGACUGGAUAACUCAAGCAGAAGAUAUUGACCCUGAAAAUGAAGAUGAAGGCAUGGAUGAGGAGAAGCCUCGAAACAGAAGCACUCCAGCUGGCUUGCCUGAUAAGAAGAAAGAAAAGUUUUCUUGGUUUAGUCACUCCACAGAAACCCAUGUGAGCAUGCCCACCAGUGAGACUGAGUCCGUGAACACAGACAACGUCCCUGGAGCAGAUAUUGAAGGCGAAAACUGCGGUGCUAGGCUAGCGCAUCGAAUCUCCAAAUCUAAAUUUAGUCGCUAUUGGCGCCGAUGGAAUCGAUUCUGCAGACGAAAGUGCCGUGCUGCUGUCAAGUCCAAUGUUUUCUACUGGUUGGUGAUCUUCCUUGUGUUUCUCAACACCCUUACCAUUGCCUCUGAACACUACAACCAGCCAGACUGGCUUACUGAGGUUCAAGACACUGCCAAUAAGGUGCUGCUAGCUCUUUUCACGGCAGAGAUGCUGCUGAAGAUGUACAGCCUUGGUCUCCAGGCCUAUUUUGUGUCCCUCUUCAACCGCUUUGACUGUUUCAUUGUGUGUGGAGGAAUCCUGGAAACAAUUCUGGUUGAGACGAAGAUCAUGUCCCCACUGGGCAUUUCUGUGUUGAGAUGUGUUCGGCUAUUAAGAAUAUUUAAAAUCACAAGAUAUUGGAACUCCCUGAGUAACCUAGUGGCUUCACUCCUGAAUUCAGUCCGCUCCAUUGCCUCCCUCCUGCUGCUCCUCUUCCUCUUCAUCAUCAUCUUCUCUCUGCUGGGGAUGCAGCUCUUUGGGGGCAAGUUUAACUUUGAUGAAAUGCAGACCAGGAGGAGUACAUUUGACAACUUCCCUCAGUCCCUCCUCACUGUGUUUCAGAUCCUGACUGGGGAGGACUGGAAUUCGGUGAUGUAUGAUGGGAUCAUGGCUUAUGGCGGCCCCUCUUUUCCAGGAAUGUUGGUCUGUAUUUACUUCAUCAUCCUCUUCAUCUGUGGAAACUACAUCCUGCUGAAUGUAUUUUUGGCCAUUGCUGUGGACAACCUUGCUGAUGCGGAGAGUUUAACAUCUGCACAGAAAGAGGAGGAAGAGGAAAAAGAAAGGAAAAAACUAGCUAGGACUGCUAGUCCUGAAAAGAAACAGGAGAUAGAGAAAACAGCUGUGGAGGAGGAGACAAAGGAGGAGAAAAUUGAGCUGAAAUCAAUCACUGCUGAUGGAGAAUCCCCACCUGCUACAAAGAUCAAUAUGGAUGAUUAUCAACCAAAUGAAAAUGAAGAAAAGAGCCCAUAUCCCACAACGGAAGCACCAGCAGAGGAAGAUGAGGAAGAACCUGAGAUGCCUGUUGGCCCUCGGCCUCGCCCCAUGUCUGAGCUGCACCUCAAGGAAAAGGCUGUGCCCAUGCCUGAUGCCAGCGCUUUUUUCAUCUUCAGUCCUAACAACAGGUUUCGUGUCCACUGCCAUCGAAUCGUUAAUGAUAACAUUUUCACCAACCUGAUCCUAUUUUUCAUCUUGCUCAGCAGCAUCUCCCUGGCAGCUGAGGACCCCGUCCGACACCUCUCCUUUAGGAACCAAGUUCUCUUUUAUUUUGAUAUAGUUUUUACUGUCAUUUUCACCAUUGAAAUUGCUCUGAAGAUGACCGCAUACGGGGCUUUCCUCCAUAAGGGCUCCUUCUGCAGAAACUAUUUCAACAUCUUAGACCUGCUGGUGGUCAGCGUUUCUCUCAUCUCUUUUGGAAUCCAAUCCAGUGCCAUCAAUGUGGUGAAGAUCUUGCGUGUUCUGCGAGUGCUUAGACCACUGAGGGCCAUCAACAGAGCCAAAGGGCUAAAGCAUGUGGUCCAAUGUGUGUUUGUUGCCAUCCGAACCAUCGGAAACAUUGUGAUUGUCACCACUUUGCUGCAGUUCAUGUUUGCCUGCAUUGGAGUUCAGUUGUUUAAGGGAAAACUCUACAGCUGCACUGAUAGCUCCAAGCAGACUGAAGCAGAAUGCAGAGGGUACUACAUUACAUACAAGGAUGGUGAGGUCAAUCAGCCAAUGAUCCAGCCCCGGAGCUGGGAGAACAGCAAGUUUGACUUCGACAAUGUCUUGACUGCCAUGAUGGCCCUCUUUACUGUCUCAACCUUCGAGGGCUGGCCAGAGUUGCUGUAUAGGUCCAUUGAUUCCCACAUGGAGGAUGUGGGACCCAUCUAUAAUCACAGGGUUGAGAUCUCCAUCUUCUUUAUUAUCUACAUCAUCAUCAUUGCUUUCUUCAUGAUGAACAUCUUCGUUGGUUUCGUCAUCGUCACAUUUCAGGAACAAGGAGAACAAGAAUACAAGAACUGUGAGCUGGACAAGAACCAGCGCCAGUGCGUAGAGUAUGCCCUGAAGGCCCGUCCCCUACGGAGAUACAUCCCUAAAAACCAGUACCAGUACAAAGUUUGGUAUGUGGUCAACUCCACCUAUUUUGAAUACCUGAUGUUCGUUUUGAUCCUGCUGAACACCAUCUGUCUGGCCAUGCAACACUACGGUCAGAGCUGCAUGUUCAAGGAAGCCAUGAACAUCCUCAACAUGCUCUUCACUGGCCUCUUCACUGUCGAGAUGGUCCUGAAGUUAAUUGCCUUCAAACCCAAGCACUAUUUCUGUGAUGCAUGGAAUACAUUUGACGCCUUGAUUGUUGUGGGUAGCAUUGUUGAUAUAGCAAUCACCGAGGUGAACCCAGCUGAAAAUACCCAAUGCUCUUCCUCUAUGAACGCAGAGGAAAACUCUCGCAUCUCAAUCACCUUCUUCCGACUCUUCCGCGUGAUGCGUCUCGUGAAGCUCCUGAGCCGAGGGGAGGGCAUCCGGACUCUGCUUUGGACCUUCAUCAAGUCCUUCCAGGCUCUCCCCUAUGUGGCUCUUCUAAUAGUGAUGCUGUUCUUCAUCUACGCCGUGAUCGGGAUGCAGGUAUUCGGUAAAAUUGCACUGAACGAUACCACAGAAAUCAACCGCAACAACAACUUCCAGACCUUCCCCCAAGCGGUGCUGCUGCUUUUCAGGUGUGCCACCGGCGAGGCCUGGCAGGAAAUCAUGCUGGCGUGUCUCCCAGACAAGAAGUGUGACCCAGAGUCAGAGCCGGCCAACUCCACCGAAGCCGACCACUCCUGUGGCAGCAGCUUCGCUGUCUUCUACUUCAUCAGCUUCUACAUGCUCUGUGCCUUCCUGAUCAUCAAUCUUUUUGUAGCUGUUAUAAUGGAUAACUUCGAUUACCUGACACGGGACUGGUCCAUUUUAGGACCGCACCACCUAGAUGAGUUUAAAAGGAUCUGGGCAGAGUAUGACCCUGAAGCCAAGGGACGGAUCAAGCACUUGGACGUGGUAACAUUGCUCCGGCGGAUUCAGCCUCCACUGGGCUUUGGGAAGCUUUGUCCUCACCGAGUGGCUUGCAAACGCCUUGUCUCCAUGAAUAUGCCACUAAACAGCGAUGGAACUGUGAUGUUCAAUGCCACUCUCUUUGCACUGGUCAGAACUGCGCUGAGGAUCAAGACAGAAGGUAACCUGGAGCAAGCCAAUGAAGAGCUUAGAGCAAUAAUUAAGAAAAUCUGGAAGCGCACCAGUAUGAAGCUGCUGGACCAGGUGGUGCCUCCUGCAGGUGAUGAUGAGGUGACUGUUGGGAAGUUCUACGCCACUUUCCUGAUUCAAGAGUAUUUCCGGAAGUUCAAGAAACGCAAAGAGCAGGGCCUGGUGGGCAAGCCUUCCCAGCGCAACGCACUGUCCUUGCAGUUUGCUGUUUUGCAGGCUGGUUUGCGCACACUUCACGACAUUGGUCCAGAGAUCCGACGAGCAAUCUCUGGAGACCUGACAGCUGAAGAAGAGCUAGAUAAGGCUAUGAAAGAAGCUGUUUCUGCUGCCUCUGAAGAUGAUAUCUUCCGGAGAGCCGGAGGCUUGUUUGGAAACCAUGUCAGCUAUUACCAAAGUGAUGGCAGGAGUGCAUUCCCCCAGACAUUCACCACCCAGCGACCUUUGCACAUCAAUAAGUCUGGCAACAACCAGGGAGAUACUGAAUCUCCAUCUCAUGAGAAGUUGGUGGACUCCACCUUCACUCCCAGCAGCUACUCAUCUUCAGGCUCCAAUGCAAACAUCAACAAUGCCAACAACACUGCCCUGUGCCGCUUCCCAAGCCCACCCAGCUACCCCAGCACUGUCAGCACAGUGGAAGGCCACGGGACCCCAUUGUCACCCACCAUACGUGUGCAAGAAGCUCCCUGGAAACUACCUUCCAAAAGGACGCACUACUACGAAACAUUGGGACGUUCCAGUUCCAGAGACAGCCAGCUGGCAAUUGUUUGCCAAGAGGAAGUGUCUCAGGAUGAGACUUAUGAUGAAAAUUUGAAUGAAGACAUUGAGUACUGUAGUGAACCAAGUCUGCUCUCUACUGAAAUGCUCUCAUACCAAGAUGACGAAAACAGACAACUCACUCCACCAGAAAACCACAAAGGAGAGGACACCCGGCACUCUCCAAAGAAAGGCUUUCUGUGCUCCUCAGCACUAGGUCGACGAGCAUCUUUUCACUUAGAGUGUCUGAAAAGACAGAAAAACCAGGGCGUAGAUGUCUCACAGAAGACAGUUCUGCCUUUACAAAUGGUACAUCAUCAGGCAUUGGCGGUGGCUGGCCUGAGCCCCCUUCUCCAGCGAAGCCAUUCCCCCACCACAUUCUCCCGGCUGUGCGCCACGCCGCCCGCUACACCCUGCAGCCGAGGCUGGCCACAGCAGCCCAUCCCGACGCUGCGCCUCGAGGGGGCUGAGUCCAGCGAGAAGCUCAACAGCAGCUUCCCCUCCGUGCACUGCAGCUCCCAGUUCCCCGACAGCUCUGACUGUGGCAGCCCAAGGAGAGCCAGGCCGGUGUCCCUCACCGUCCCCAGCCAGACAGCAGGGAGCAGCAGGCAGUUCCACGGCAGCGCCAGCAGCUUGGUCGAAGCGGUGUUGAUUUCGGAAGGACUGAUGCAGUUUGCUCAAGAUCCAAAGUUCAUUGAGGUCACGACCCAGGAACUCGCCGACGCCUGCGACAUGACGAUAGAAGAGAUGGAAAAUGCAGCAGACAACAUUCUCAAUGGUAACAGCAAGCAGAGCCCCAAUGGCAACCUGCUGCCUUUUGUUAACUGCAGGGACGCAGGGCAGGACAGUGCAGGCGAGGAAGAGGAAGAGGUGCAGAACCCGGAUUGUGGAAAAAGUCAGGAGGAGCUGAAGGACAGCAGGAUUUAUAUCAGCAGCCUGUAGUUGCCAGGGCUGGAAGCGAUGCUGGUUUUUUAUUUGUUUCAAUGUUCCUAAUGGGUUUGUUUCAGAAGUGCCUCACUGUUCUCGUGACCUGGAGUAACCGGAACAGCGUUCUUCAUUCAUUUCUGUUGGGACGAGUCGCAGAGUUGGGUGGUGGCAGAGAGCUUGUCAGGAGUGGAUAGGACCCCGGCACACGUCCGCCUGGAAAGAGCGUGGCGCCCAGGAGGAGAGCCAGCUCCCUCUUUUUCCAGUCCCUGCACAAGGCACGACGACUGCCUCCCACAGGCGCCCCAGCCAAACGCGCCUGGCCUCCAGCGGGCAUCCUUCAACUUUGCUUGUAAAAAUCAUUUUGCACAUGUUCCGUCCGAGCCUCACCGCCCCCGGCCACCCUGGCCCCGCCGCCCGGGCCCGGAGGACGCAGCGCCGCCAAAUGGGGAGCGCAGGGACUGCGGCGGCUCCUGCUGUCGGCCAAUCAGAGCUCGAGGGUCGCUCGCCAGCCAACCUGAGCUCGGGCAAGUCACCUGCCGACCAAUCGGAGCUUAAACAGGCAGCCGCGCCAGCCAAUGGGAGAGUGGGGAGUGGGCUGGGCACGGGUCUCUCCUUGUCCUGCAGUUCGGUGUUUCCUUGAGAGCAUGUCGCGGUUUUUAUUUUGACUAUUUUAUUUUUAUUAUAAUUUUUCUGAGGGAGAAGGGAGUGUUUACAAGGUUCUGUAACCACCUACCUUUUUGUUUGGGUUUAUUUUCACUUUUGCAGACGUUACCUUGGUUUGACCAUGUUGUAUUAUUUAAGCCAGGUUCUUUUCUCCAUUGGCAUUUGGUAGAAGCAUAACGCUGUAGGCGAGUUUUACCGACCACUAUGUACACCGAGACUCUGUCAUUUGAUUUGCUAGCGAACGGAACCUCCUUUUUUUGUUGUUGUGUUAUCAUAUAACGGCAGCGGGCAACGCGCUUGGAACAGCCCCACACGUCCCAGGGACCGAUGGGGCCACUGGGAUGCAAUGCUGGAGCAGCGCCCGCUGUCGGGAGGGGAAUCAGUAACUCUUUGCAUCUUCUGUUCCACAAGAUAUGCAAAAACAAUGCAAUAAUAUUAAUUUUAAAAUACAAUCGUAAGUCGUGUUGGCAUUAAAACUGUAUAGAAAAAAAAAAUUAACGGGGGGGGAGGGGGCAACCAAGCAGAAAGCGUUACGCUUCAAUAUAUUCCGUGUGAUGUUUUAUUGCAUUGAUGAUGUUUCUGUUGAAGAAACCGUUAUACUUGAAUUCAGGUCAGUUUCGGUAUUUUUCAAAUAUUUUUUUAAAAGGAAUUGCAAUUGUGCCAAGCAAAUAUAACGAAUCAAAUUAAGUUUGUUUAAAAAGAAAAAGAAAAAAAAAGAGUCACUUCUUGUAUAUUUUGCUGCAUGUCAAGUGAAUCAUUUCGUAUUUGGAAUGUGCCAAGCUUUACCUUUGAACUUUUAAGUGCUUUUCUACGUGUGGUUGGGGACAGGGGUACUAUUUUUUUUUUCCUUUUUUAAUUUGUACGAUGAACAAAGUGUACCUGGUGUAAGUAACUAUUCUGCAAUCCACUGACAGGUCGAACGUUACUGAUUUUGCAUAUCUUGUGUUCAUUACCCUUCCUCCUCACCCCUUUAAACAUGCACGAUGACUUUGUUGGUAGAGUACUUUUCUUCCCGAGGCUGGGACGUUUUGUUCAAGCUUUGUUCUCUUUCCUUUUGCUCAGCCUCUCUGAAGGUCUCUUUCCACGAGAAGGUGGCAAGAUCCCUAAGCCCGCAUGGAAGAUCCAUCCCAUGUCUUCAGCUGGCACCAGCAAUUCAGGGAGGGGGAAAGCACCUGCUUGCAGAUUGAGGUUAGAUAGCUCAUCCUGAUGGUUGUAACAGGAUCAUGCAAAUGGCAGAAUUGUUAGCAAAAUAAAUGCACCUAACUCUGGACUGAAAACACUGGGUAAGUGAGGGACAGAGCUCUGGAUCAUUGCUUAGGAAAAUUGCUGUGGUCUGGUCAUGACACGGAUGUUCUGUGACUUUUGUGUGUUCCCAUGCACAUUCCCAGACUUUAGCAUAUAGGCCAGGCCCUAAGUCACAAAACAUCUGAUGGCACAGCAUGUCCCAAUCGUAUUUCCCUGCUAAUGAGUGCGAACCUCUCCUGAUUCACCCCAUGAUGGUACAUGGCCCUGACCUGUGGCAGAGGCUGAGAAACCAGGGAGAUAUUAUUAGAUUUUAUGCGUCUGAUUUCUGUCUAGACUGCUGCUGGUUUUCUCCCUUUUCAAGAUGUUUCACAAACUUGCAGAUGAGUGCUCAGAGGUGUGAUCUGACUCAGAGUUAAACUUUCAUUCCAGACUUGAGCUUCACAGAUGUUUGAGUACAUCAUUUAUUAUGUAAUUUUGUAAUGCCCUUGGGUUUACUUCUCGACUCUGCUGGGGCCAUUAAGCAGAAAUAGUGGAAGAUAUUUUUGAAGGUGCACUUUUUCCUUGUUAUUUUGAACUGGCCAGUAGCAGCUCAAGAUACUUUGCCAACAAAUCCUUUUAAACUGGGGAAAUGGGAGCCCACUUAAGCAACCAUCUGGCAUCAGAGUCCCAGUCCAAGUCCCUGGAGAAAGCAGCCACCUGAAGUCUGUCAGUCUCAUUUUUUCCAUCCCUCUUGUCUGUACCAAUAUUGGCAUGCGAACACUUCUCCCUUUGUGAGUUUGCUGUUGGUAGUGCUGCAGUGCUCCAAAGCUACUUGAAAGGAAAUAAUGCUGUGCUGGCUGUUUCUGAAAAUGAAAGCAGCAAAGGGGCUCCCUGUCUCACCUUCCUCCACUAGAAAGUCCCCCUGGCCCUCCCAGUAAAAGACAGAGCUGCUCCUUGCUCCUGAUUAACAAAGUACUGGCCUAGUGCAGCAGAGACAAGGGGCAUUCUGGAUGUCUGCCAGCGCAUGUCAUCUUUUAGGACUUUUCCUGCAUGGAAGGAAAAGAGUGGAAAGGACUGUGCCCUACACAUUGCUGGUGAAAGCUGUGGCUCCCCCAUGGGUCAAAGCUGACAGUAGCCAGGGAAAUCGCCGCAGUCUGCUGGAAAAAGGCUUAGGUCCUACAGAGUGGGAAGUGCACGGCUAGCAGAGCAUGCACAUGCCUCGUGCUGUCUGAGGGGCAGAUGUUCAAUAUAGCCAUUGCUGGUGCCAGCUGUGCAAUUUUCUCUUUCUUGGGAGGGUGGCUUUUUUUUUUCGUUGUUUCCAUUCGAGGUACACGCAACGUGCACAUCGUGACAGGUCUGAGCAAAGAGCUACUGCCUCCUUCAGGUGAGGUGGAGACUGGGGGCGAUGGAAGCGGGGCAGGCAUAGUACCCGGGGGUCCUUCCUCUCCCGGUGUGUGGGAGUAGAUGGUGGGUACGGUCACUGUUCCAUGGAUGGAAGCCAUGGAGGAACCAAUGGCUGACGAGUGGCAUGGAAGGAAGAAAAGAAAGGGGAAAACGAUCUGCUGUUUGCCACUGAGCAUCUCUGACUUGCAGGAGUACACUGCAGACUAAAGACAUUUCUUACAAAACAACAAACCUCAUCCCUUUAUCACUCCUGCUCAUUACUCCAGGCAGUACUGGGCCAGCCACACCGGGUGCAUUUCUUUUUUCUUCCUUAUUCUGUGUGGCUGAUGUGACAGGGAAGCAAGCGGAACUCGUGGUUCAGAGCUGGAGUUUCAUUAUCCACAGACCUUUUUUGCAUCACCUGCCUCUUCAGCUGGACAUACAGAUGAUGAUGGCGUGGAUGCUGCUGCUGCUGCAGGGUCCGGCCUGGUUUGUUACCCUGCCCACUUCACCCAGCACGGAAGGACAGCCAGAGAGGUGCCAUGUACAGAACUGCAUCUAUUUCUGCUUUGUUUUCUGACUCAGAACCCUGCCCCCAGUGACUAUGACAACGAUGAUGAAAACAACAACAACAAAAAAAGGGCAAAUGCAUUUUUUACAUUUCUUGAUAAUUUCCAAAGCAAUGUAUCAUUGCUUUCUUUAGACUGACGCCAAUAUAACAGUUGUAUGGGUCUCA